UCUCAGUAUCAUAUUCUAAUAUGGCCGGAGCAGCGACGGUCAACGCCGGAGUCAACGCCGGAGCAAACACGUUAAAUCCGUCAUAUGUAAACUCGUUUCGAAUCUCAGCCGUUGCUGAUAGAUUAGCAACACACGUGUGUAAUAAUCAGCCUAAAAUUGAUCCUCAAGAGUUCGUUCACCUUUGUCUCUCACUUGCAAGAGGCAUUGAUUUUGCUAUUGCAAACCAGGAGGUCCCAAAUAGAGCUCAAGAUUUACCUCUACUGGUGAAACAGGUAUGCAGACUACCGUGUGAUACCUUACUGCUAGCGCAUGUCAUGGUCCUUAUGAUAUCUAUUAAGAAUGCUAGUCAGAGCGGGUGGUUUACAGAGAAAGAUGCCGAGGAACUUUGUAAUCUUGCAAAUGAGAUUUCCAGCAGCUUCUGCAGCACAUUAGAUUUUAAAACUGAACCAAGCAGUUCUCUGACAAUUAUCUCGACGGUAAUGUCAAGAUUUUUUCCACGGCUGAAGAUGGGUCAGAUAAUUUCUUUCCUGGAAGCCAAGCCUGGAUUUGGUGCCUACGUGAAUGAUUUCCAGAUAACGAAGAAUAUGAACCUUUCUGAAGGAGAGAAAGUAAGACUAUUUGUUGCACAAACAGAUAAUCUGGAGACCUCAGUAUGUCUUAUAACGCCGCCUCAAGUGAACUUUCUUCUGAAUGGGACACCCGUCGGAAGGAGGACUAAUGUGUUAAUGGACCCUGGACCGCAGCUUCCAUCUCCUGUACCUCAUAUGCUUAAAUUUGGAACAAAUCUUCUUCAAGCUGUGGGCCAGUUUAACGGAAAUUAUAUCAUAGCUGUUGCUUUCAUGAGUGAGAUCUCUACCCCAGUUCAGGCCACAGUCCCUGAUUAUGAGCAGGCUCCUGUUUCUUCUGUCGAUCCAGAUUCUGAAAUUAUUGAGGGGCCAUCAAGAACUUCUCUGAAUUGCCCCAUAAGCUUCACACGUAUUAAAACUCCAGUAAAAGGACAUUCUUGCAAACAUCUUCAGUGUUUCGAUUUUGACAACUAUAUCGACAUAAAUUCAAGGAGACCAUCGUGGCGUUGUCCUCAUUGUAAUCAGCACGUGUGUUUCACUGAUAUUCGUAUUGAUCAAGAUAUGGUCAAGGUUUUGAAAGAGGUGAGUGAGGAUGUCACAUAUGUCAUGAUCUCCUCAGAUGGUUCAUGGAAGGCAAUCAUGGAAGGUGAUGACCAUACUGAAAAGCCCAGGGAUAAAACCCCUGACAUUGCUCAAGAUAGUCCGCGCCGCGGUUCUGAUGGCCCUUCAAAUACCCCCGGUGAUUAUUUAGAUCUUACUGACAUAGAUGAGGACAUGAAUCCCGUGACUAUUGCUGAAACGGAAGACAGAAAAAAUUUCCCAACGAUCUCUCAAAUUCAAUCUAAUGUACAGAGCGCAACAGCUGUGAAUAAUCCAAGUGAAAUCAAUCAAACAGGUGCUUCUGAUUUGGGGGAUGAUUUCUGGUCAAGAAUCUAUUUGUCCUCGUAUGGAAUAGGGACAUCUAGUUCUUUGUCCAGUAUGCAAACUGGCAGUGCUUCUGAGCAUGCAAGAACCAACACGGUGCAGGCGCCUGUUUUGAUGGAUGGAAUGUCUCCCGCUCUCAACCCCGAGGGAAAUGCUUUUAUUCCAACCGCUGUACUUGAGAGUGGACUAUCUUCUUCCAAUUUGCUGCAGUUACAACAGUUCCAAUUUGGUAACGCUGCAAUCAAUGAAUAUGGAAGGUUUCCAUCUGCAGCCAGGCCUGCAAACAGAACUCCUAUUGCAGUUCAGGCCCUUCCAGUCCAGAUGAACACUCCUGUUCCUCAGCAGAGACAACAAAGCGCAAUGAAUCCCUUGCUCUACGCUGCCCCUCCAGCAGCUACUCAGGCUAUGCCUACUGUGUCAUUGGAUGGUUCCAAUCUAAGAAGUGACUUGGAGGUACGUUCCUAUCCUGAAUUGGACCUGCUUCAGGCACGCAUGGCCUCGUCAGCAUUACCACAGAAGCGUCCUCUUGCUUCUCCUCCACCAUCUCAACAGGUUGUUGGCCGUCAAGCUCCGCACCUGAAAACACCCUAUUCGACUAGCCAGUCUCAAGCUACUUGGGAGAGAUGGGAAGCCAUGAAGAAUGGUUCACAAGUUGGUAUUAAUCAGUCUUUUGCUGGUGGACAACAUGCCCGAGUUGUCGCUACACAGCAAUCCACACAAGUGGUGAGACCCGUUCAUUCUCCUAGAACUGCGCCUCCAUCUGUUCAUUCUCCUAGAAGUGCGCCUCCACCUGGUCAUUCUCCUAGAAGUGCGCCUCCACUCCCAGGUAGUGCUGACAGGUUCAGGACACCAUUGGCCCCCGACCAUAGGGGAAGUACAGGAGGCACAACACCAGUCACAAGGACGGAUUGUUCCGUGGAUCCCCAGCUAGAUCCAAACUGGCGCCCUACAGGCCGCAUGCGUGGAAGCCUUUCAGGACGAGCUUAUUCUGAAGCACUGCAACAGUUCAUGCUUCAGCCAACACAGCAAGCUCAAGCUGCCAGACCAUCUAUUCCACCUAAUCUUUCACCCCAACUGCAAGUUCUUUUGGCAAAUAGAGGCGUUCAUAAUACGCAGCCAGUGAAUCUUCCAUCUACAGCACCCGCCAAUGCAUCUGAUGCUUCAGGCGUUUUACCCGAGCGUUCCUCAGGAAUUCAGUAGAACUAGGACAUGUUGGUAGGCAAUGGUGUAUUUAAGGCGUCACUUUACAGUACAGAUACCUCGUACCAGUGUCAUAGUAACAGGUAGAUAGGGAAAACAUCCUGCAGUUCUUUUGUAAAUUCCAAGCCAAAGUACUGCUCAGCUCCUAGUUCAUACACUAUAGUUUGACUUUACUGUUAUGGUGGGUAAGUUCAGUGAUCAUGUCUGGAUAUAACCUGAUUUUUUUAUUUUGAGAAAAAGUAGUCUCUGAUUUCACUAUUA